AUAUUGAUUGAAAAUUUAAUCAUCGGAUAACAACUAUGGACGCUAUAGUUAUAAUUUUUUUAAUAACUCAAUUAAUAGAAACAUUUUUUUCGUGGGAAUUUUAGAAGAGAUAACAAGGAUUAAAAAACACGUAUACCAAUUUGACUUGAGAGUUGUGACUCUAACCUAAAAAAGAAGAAGAAGAAAGACAAGAGAGCGUCUCGUGGUCUCGAGUUUCGAAACACCGAAACACGUGUGCACUGUGCAGCACUUGAUUGUGACAGGCGCUCGUGUUUGUUGUUGCAGGUUGCAGGUAGUAAUGAAUCGAAUAAUUUAAUUUUACGGAGUUAACCUAAAAAUCGCGCGUUAAUUAAAAUAAAUAAAGAAUAAUUUGUAACAAUGAAUAAACGAAAGCUCGAGAUGGAAGUUUCGGAAAAAGAGACACGGCGUAUUUUGGCAAGAUUUAAGUCCGACACGGGGGAAAUUUUGCCAGGAGGCCUUUUAGACUUACCACUUGACAUAAAUGUCGAGAAACUGCAACUUAUUUGCAAUGCUCUUCUCCAAGAUGAGGACCCGGUGCCGCUAGCAUUUUUUGUUAAUGACGUCGAGGUUACCGAUACUCUGCAACAAAAUUUAGAUAAAACUUUAAGGAUCAGUGAAGAUGUUGUGGAUAUCGUUUAUCAACCUCAGGCUGUUUUUAAAGUUAGAGCUGUUACCAGAUGUACUGGUUCGAUAGAAGGUCACAAAGAAGCUGUAAUUUCAGUAGCUUUCUCACCGGACGGUUGUCAUGUAGCAAGCGGUUCGGGAGACACUACGCUUAGAUUUUGGGAUAUCCAUACCCAAACACCUUUAUUUACAUGCGAGGGACACAAACAUUGGGUUCUGUAUAUUGCAUGGUCACCGUGCGGCACAAAAAUCGUAUCGGCAUGCAAAAAUGGCACAAUUUUAAUGUGGGACCCUCAAACUGGGAAACAAAUCGGCAAGUCUAUGCUUGGACACAAAAUGUGGGUAACAGCACUUUGUUGGGAACCUUAUCAUCGAAACCCUGAAUGCCGUCAACUUGUUAGCUCCUCUAAAGACUGCGAUUUGAGAAUUUGGGAUACUAAAUUGGGACAAACUGUUAGAGUUCUUGCCGGACACACCAAAAGUGUGACCUGUGUCAGAUGGGGUGGGAGAGGACUCAUAUAUUCGGGUUCACAGGACAGAUCCAUCAGAGUCUGGAGAGCCGAGGACGGGAUUCUCUGCAGGGUUUUGGAAGGUCAUGCUCAUUGGGUAAAUACACUUGCUCUGAAUGUCGAUUAUGUUCUGAGAACCGGGCCUUAUCAGAUUGGCGAAAAUCCGAAUGUAUCUGCUGCUGAGCUUCUCAAUCAGGCACAAAAACGUUAUGACAACGUUGGUGAAGAAAUUUUGGUCUCAGGUUCUGAUGACUUCACGCUGUUUUUAUGGAAACCCGAAAAAGAAAAAAGACCAAUAGCACGAAUGACCGGACAUCAACAACUAGUCAACGACGUAAAAUUUUCACCUGACGGACGCUUAAUAGCUUCGGCAUCUUUUGACAAAUCUAUCAAACUGUGGGAAGCUUCGACAGGACGCUAUGUCACUUCUUUGAGAGGACACGUUCAGGCUGUUUAUUCCGUCGCGUGGAGUGCCGAUUCACGGUUGCUUGUAAGCGGAAGUGCUGAUUCCACACUUAAAGUUUGGAGUAUGAAAACGAAAAAACUAGCCCAAGACUUACCUGGUCAUGCAGACGAAGUUUACGCCGUUGAUUGGUCGCCAGAUGGGCAGCGGGUCGUUUCUGGCGGAAAAGACAAAGUGCUCAAGUUGUGGCAAAAUUAAAAGUUUUAUGCUCCAACCAAGACCAUUGUCGAUCAUUUGUAAAAUUUGAAACUCUAGUUUUUUCAUGCUUAUAGAAAUAUAUGAAUCAAAUUAUUGGUAA